AAAAGUAGAUCUAAUUUGUUUUCUCGUUUGCCUCUCCGGCGUGCUUCUCCGGCGCCGGAGAGGGCCCCUUUUUAUGCUUUUGUUUGCCUUUCCUUCUCCUCGUUGUCUUGGUUAGUGGGUCGUCGUGGCUCGCCAUUUCGAUCUGCGUCUCUUGAGGGUGGUUUCUCCAGAGCGAAGCUGCUGCGUGGUGGUAAAGAGAGUCACGGUUUCUGGCUGUCGUCUUCUCUGCGUGCGGUGGUCCUUCUCUCUGGUUUGGGUGUUGGCUUUGGUGAGACGUUUGGAUUGGUGUGGUAGUCUCUGUUUUUGCGGCUUGGUGCUUCUGUUUUUGCGGCUCGUGUUGAGUUCGAGGUGAGGUUGAUUCGGAUCCGAUUGUUUUGUGGUUGGAGAGCUAGUCAGCUGAGGUGGUGAUGGAGUUUGAGGACGGCUCCGGAUCUGACUCGUCUUCCAUUGGUCUCUCCGUGGUCGGAUCGAUUUCUGGAUCAAUGUCUUUUCUCUCCUGUGGCUCUAAGUGGUGGCGACUAGCUGGACGGUGCUCUCAGCUAGCCUCUUUAGCGCUGUUCCAUGCGGCUGCGGCGUGGUUUGUGGAGGUUCAGCCUGCAGAGGUUUGGGCAAGAGGAGCUUCACUUUCGUGUUCUGGAGGUCUUUGGUUGGUCACAGUGAUUGAAGGGGAGUAGCUUUGUCUACGGUGGUUCUCGUUUCGAACAAGAAGAUGAUAGAGAAAGUUUCAAGUUUGUUAGAAUGGCCGCAUUUUAAGCACAUUGCAAAGAGCCCCAACAAUAAUCAUACACCAAAUAAGCUCCUACCUUCUCUAAUAUAUCCAUUUCUUCGUCUGCUCUUGUUUAUAUCAUUGUAUACAAUAUAAUGCAAUUCUUGUG